UUUGUUUUUUUCCCUGUGUCCAUCGGGUAGCGAGAUGCGCAGCAGCAGCUAUGGAGGUCGUCAGUCCCAAACCCUUCUUUAGGGCUCCUCUCUCCUCCCACCUUUACCCGAUAGCUACUCGUUCCUGCUCCAAGUGCCCCAAACCCUCGUCGUCCCUUCCCAUCUCCUUGGAUUCCAACACCAGCCGAUUUCCCGCCGGCCCGGUCGCCUCCACCUCGUCCUCGUUCAAUCCAUUAUGCAUCGUCCUCCACUCACUCCGCGGUUUCGUCUUCUCCCAUCUGCCAAAGAUGCGAUCUUGGCUCCGCGGCGGUCUGCCCGAUGGCUGCGAACGCGAGCGGGAGGGCUUCCUCUGCUGCGGUGGGAUCGGGACGUUUCUGAUGAGCACCACGGCGGCCGUGUCCAGGGACCGGGUCAGCCCAUUCCUGUGGACGCUCGCCGGAAACCCCACCUUCAUAUCGGGCUUAGUCGCUUGGUCCCUGGCUCAGACCAUUAAGAUGCUUCUCAACUUCUUCUUUGAACGGAGGUGGGACCUCGGGGUGCUGUUCAGCUCCGGGGGAAUGCCGUCUUCGCACUCCGCGCUGUGCACGGCACUCACUGCUUCUGUGGCGCUGUGCCAUGGGGUGGGCGACUCGCUCUUCCCAGUGUGCCUAGGGUUCAGCCUUAUUGUUAUGUAUGAUGCCAUCGGUGUCAGACGGCAUGCCGGCAUGCAGGCUGAGGGGACUAAACUCAAGUGAUUCGUAGAAAUUGUUGAUGGAGCGCAUAUGUGCUUGGACCUCAAACCAGCAUGUCAACCAAGAGAAAAGAUAAAAAGUAAAAUGAAGAUGAAGAUGAAGAUGAAGGACAAGUUAGGCUCCAGGAAAUUAAAUUAGCUAUACUUUGUUCAUUGUGUUAAGGCUGUAAACUGUAAACUUGAGGUGCCUGGUUUGUCACAAGAACCUCAACACCCUGAAACUUUGCUUCAUUUGCUUCAUUUGUAUGCAGCAUCACUUUCUUCAACGUCUUUUGAAGUUACAAUUGUAUCAUUUGCUCUCUCAAGAUUUCAGUCAAAGCACUUGGUUUCCCACAUUUACUAGUUACUAAAUCAUUUCCUGGUAUCCAAUAUGCACAUGUAACUGAUAUAAUGUUCAGUUGAUAGCAGAGAUAUCCAAUUGGCCAAUAUGUGUUCAAUAUAUGAUGAUUUGGGAAUACUCAAAAGCUUCUAGAUAUACAUACACAUGUUGCGGAUGCAUUUGGUAACCAAUAUUUAGGUGUCAGAUACUAAUUAUUGGCAUUUUAGCUGUUUUCCAAAAGAAUUGUUUGGAAAUGUUUUGUGUUUGCUUGUGCAUAUUUGGUGGCUCCACU